GAGAGAGAGAGAGAGACCUCCCUCUAUUGAAAGCUGAACUGAAUAUUUUGUGUGUCCAUGCUUGUAGGCAACACUAAUAUGAAAGGAGAAGGCUUUGCUACAGGUAUGUGCUUUGUUUGAGAUGUGUUAAUAGUUGAUACUCAGUAAUAGAUCUACUCUGUGUUUGAGAUGUGUUAAUAGUUGAUACUCAGUAAUAUAUCUGCUCUGUGUUUGAGAUGUGUUAAUAGUUGAUACUCAGUAAUAUAUCUACUCUGUGUUUGAGAUGUGUUAAUAGUUGAUAUACUCAGUAAUAUAUCUACUCUGUGUUUGAGAUGUGUUAAUAGUUGAUACUCAGUAAUAUAUCUGCUCUGUGUUUGAGAUGUGUUAUGAGUUUUAUACUCAGUAAUAUAUCUACUCUGUGGUUCCAAAUCGUUCACUUCCCUUGCUGGUAAACAUGUAGCUGGUUGUUGCGGUGUGAUACAUGUUGCAGGCUAUUCCGUAGCAAUGCCAAUGAAAAGCAUAUUGUGUUAUGCUGUAUGCCUACAUGUACAGGCCAGACAGGCAGCUAGACUGGCAGGCAGUCUUUUAACAGUCUGGAAAAUAGUCUUAUUUUUGCCAGUCAAAUAGGGGCAAUGGCAGUCAUUAUUCGUGGGCUUUAGGCCUAUGUGUACGUGUGUCUUUCAGAGGGAAUGCUAGGCUUAAGGAAAGUCACAUUUCUGUCGGACCUUGUGUGCAGUUGGACGGAUGUAUCUCCGUGUUAGACCAUAGUGCAGUAUAGGUUCGGGUUAUGAGUCAGUCAGGGGGGUGAAUGAAUGAGCUUAUUAACCCUUUGUUGUUGGGUGUUUGGUGCGCCCCAGGCUCCUUAGAGAGAGAGAGAGAGAGAGAGAGAAAAUACCACCAAUAUGUAUCAGUUUAUUUAUCCUCCUCUAGUAUUUAUACUACAACUAUUUGCACAUUGUUAAAACUUAGCUGAUAAUAUAUAACACUUAGAAUGCCUUAAUCUUUUUCGAACAUUUGUGAGUGCAAUGUUUACCGUUAAUUUCUAAUCAGUUUUUGUUGAUAUCUUUUUGUGUGUUCUCAUUUUUGUUCAAUUAAAUUGCUCUGGUAAUGUAAACAUGCUUUAUUGGCAUGGGAAACAUGUUGAACUAAAAUUUAAUUGAGGGAGAACGAAAGAGAGAGAGAGAGUACCGCCUCAGCCUCCUCUGUUGAGUUCCGCUGAUGUCAGUGAGCCAGGCGAUGUCAUGUUGGUUUCUAUUUACAGGGUUCUCGUUCUCUCUCUCUCUCUCCGACACUGAUUCUAACGCACCACAUAUUUAUAUCCGCUGACACGGUGGAAUGAUGCGCCGAUGAAACAAACAACACAGGACAAUCGUCCCGAUUUCACGCAUAUUCCCUCAUAUUCUGUCCUCGUCGCUUCCGAUACCAAAUGAUGCACCUUUCAAGCGAUUCGCAUCGCGUCGUAGCUACAACAAUUCAAUAACAUCCCCCGCUCUCCGCCAUUCCCUGUGGAUGCUGCUGGUAGUAUGGUGAUGCUGGCGAUAAAAUACAGCUCCGUUUGGUGAAAGACUUGCGAGGCUUCGGGUCAAUCGGGGGAAGUGACGGGGUUCAGUCUAAAGGUUCCCAAUGUUGAACAUGUCGACCCCCAGCGAGCUCAAGUCUCCGUGUGUCCCGAGGAACGGCAUGGUCAAGCUCCCCCCUCAGCCCAACGGUCUGGGCAGCGCCAGCAUCACCAAGGGCACGCCCGCCGCCAAGAACCGUCUGUGCCAGUCCUCCUCCGUGCCCGGCAUCCUACCCCCGCUUUCCCUGCCCUACCACCUGGAUCCCCUCAACCCCCUGGGCUCCUUACCCACCGCAGCUUCUCUCCUGGGUCCAGACCUGGACCACAGCCCCCUGACGGCCCUCAAACCCCCGCUGCGCCAGGUCCCCCUCACCUUACCCAAGCCUCACCUUCCCCUCACCCUGCCUCUGGCCCUUCUGCUGCCCCUGGAGCGCCAGCUGGCCCUGGAUGAGAAGCUGCUCAACAGGCUGCUGUGGUACUUCACCACGGCUGAGAAGUGUGUCCUGGCCCAGGUGUGUAGGACCUGGAGGAAGGUGCUGUACCAGCCUAAGUUCUGGGAGGGUGUCACGCCCAUCCUCCAUGCCAAGGAGCUGUACGCCCUGCUCCCCAGCGGAGAGAAGGAGUUUGUCAGCCUGCAGGCCUUCGCUCUCAGGGGGUUCCAGGCGUUCUGUCUGGUGGGAGUUUCGGACCUGGACAUUUGUGAGUUCAUUGAUAACUACCCCCUGUCCAAGAAGGGGGUGAAGUCGGUCAGUCUGAAGAGGUCCACCAUCACAGACGCAGGCCUGGAGGUGAUGCUGGAACAGAUGCAGGGUCUAAUGCACCUGGAGUUGGCCGGUUGUAAUGACUUCACGGAGGCCGGUCUGUGGUCCAGCCUGAACGCACGGCUCACCUCGCUCAGCGUCAGCGACUGUAUCAACGUAGCAGACGACGCCAUCGCUGCCAUCUCACAGCUACUGCCCAACCUGUCAGAGCUCAGCCUGCAGGCCUACCACGUAACCGACACAGCCAUGGCUUACUUCACAGCCAAACAGGGCUACACCACUCACACGCUACGUCUCCACUCGUGUUGGGAGAUCACCAACCACGGUGUGGUUAACAUGGUCCACAGCCUGCCCAACCUCACGGCUCUGAGCCUGUCAGGCUGCUCUAAAAUCACUGAUGACGGGGUGGAGCUGGUAGCAGAGAACCUGAGGAAGCUGCGGAGCCUGGACCUCUCCUGGUGCCCACGCAUCACUGACAUGGCCCUGGAGUACAUCGCCUGUGACCUCCACAAACUAGAGGAGCUGGUACUGGACAGAUGUGUGAGGGUAACAGAUACAGGUCUCGGGUACCUGUCCACCAUGUCUUCUUUGAGGAGUCUCUACCUGCGCUGGUGCUGUCAGGUGCAGGACUUUGGGCUACAGCACCUGUUUGGUAUGAGGAGUCUGCGUCUUCUCUCUCUCGCAGGUAUUCACUCAAUCUCUCUCUCUGUCUGUCUCUCUCUCUCUCUCGCUCGCUCUCUCUAUGUCUCUCUGUCUCUCUCUCUCGCAGGUAUUCACUCAAUCUCUCUCACUCUCUCUGCUUCCCUUCUCUCUCUCUCUCUCUGUCUGUCUCUCUCUCUGUCUCACUCUCUCUCUGUCUGUCUCUCUCUCUGUCUCACUCUCUCUAUGUCUCUCUGCUUCCCUUUUCUCUCUCUAUGUCUCUCUGUCUCUCAUUCUCAAUUCAAUUCAAGGGGCUUUAUUGUCAUGGGAAAUAUAUGUUUACAUUGCCAAAGCAAGUGAAAAAGUUAAUAAACAAAAGUGAAAUAAACAAUAAAAAAUGAACAGUAAAUAUUACACUCACAGAAGUUCCAAAAGAAUAAAGACAUUUUAAAUGUCAUAUCAUGUCUAUAUACAGUGUUGUAGCGAUGUGUUAAAGUACAAAAGAGAAAAUAAAUAAAUAUGGGUUGUAUUUACAAUGGUGUUUGUUCUUCACUGGUUGCCCUUUUCUUGUGGCAACAGGUCACACAUCUUGCUGCUGUGAUGACACACUGUGGUAUUUCACCCAGUAGAUAUGGGAGUUUAUCAACAACAACAAAAUUGAAUUCUUUGUGGGUCUGUGGAAUUCUUUGUGGGUCUGUUGAAUUCUUUGUGGGUCUGUUGAAUUCUUUGUGGGUCUGUGGAAUUCUUUGUGGGUCUGUGGAAUUCUUUGUGGGUCUGUGGAAUUCUUUGUGGGUCUGUGGAAUUCUUUGUGGGUCUGUGGAAUUCUUUGUGGGUCUGUGGAAUUCUUUGUGGGUCUGUGGAAUUCUUUGUGGGUCUGUGUAAUCUGAUGAGCAGUUCAAAUUCAACACAUGUUGCCAUGGUGUUCACCAUGUUGCCAUGGUGUCCCAGGGGCCCCAUGGAAGUCGGAAUGUGCCCUGCGUGCCCGGUUGGUAACCCGGCCCUGCACUUACUUACCACGAAACUCACCAUUUACUGUAAUACUGUUACAGUAGCAGGUAUUUACCUGGUAGAUAUACAGUGCAUUCUGAAAGUAUUCAGACCCCUUGACUUUUUCCACGUUUUGCUACUUUACAGCCUUAUUCUAAAAUGGAUUAAACAGUUUUUUCCCUCCACUUCAUCAAUCUACACACAAUACUCCAUAAUGACAAACAAAAAACAGGUUUUUAGAAAUGUUUCCAAAUAUCACAUUUACAUUAGUAUUCAGACCCUUUACUCAGUACUUUGUCGAAGUAACUUUGUCAGCGAUUACAGUCUAGAGUAUUCUUGGGUAUGACGCUACAAGCUUGACACACCUGUAUUUGGGGAGUUUCUCCCAUUCUUCUCUGCAGAUCCUCUCAAGCUCUGUCAGGUUGGAUGGGGAGUGUCGCUAUUUUCAGGUCUCUCCACAGAUGUUCGAUCGGGUUCAAGUCUGGACUCUGGCUGGGCCACUCAAGGACAUUCAGCGACUUGUCCCAAAGCCAUUCCCGAGUUGUCUUGGGUCAUUGUCCUGUUGGAAGCUCUAGAGCAGGUUCUCUUCAAGGAUCUCUCUGUACUUUGCUCCGUUCAUCUUUCCCUCAAUCCUGACUAGUCUCCCAGUCCCUGCCACUGAAAAACAUUCCCACAGCAUGAUGCUGCCACCACCAUGCUUCACUGUAGGGAUGGUGCCAGGUUUCUUCCAGACGUGAAGCUUGGCAUUCAGGCCAAAGAGUUCAAUCUUGGUUUCAUCAGACCAGAGAAUCUUGUUUCUCAUGGUCUGAGAGUCUUUAAGUGCCAUUUGACAAACUCCAAGCGGGCUGUCAUGUGCCUUUUACUGAGGAGUGACUUCCGUCUGGCCACUCUACCAUAAAGGCCUGAUUGGUGGAGUGCUGCAGAGAUGGUUGUUCUUCUGGAAGGUUCUCCCAUCUCCACAGAGGAACUCUGGAGCUCUGUCAGAGUGACCAUUGGGUUCUUGGUCACCUCCCUGAACAAGGCCCUUCUCCCCCGACUGCUCAGUUUGGCCGGGCGGCCAGCUCAAGGAAGAGUCUUGGUGGUUCCAAACUUCUUCCAUUUAAGAAUGAUGGAGGCCAUUGUGUUCUUGGGGACCUUCAAUGCUGCAGAAUUUAUUAUUCUACCCCUCCCCAGAUCUGUGCCUCAACACAAUCCUGUCUUCAAGUUCUACGGACAAUUCCUUCGACCUCAUGGCUUGAUUUUUGCUCUGACAUGCACUGUCAGCCGUGGGAUCUAAUAUAGACAGGUGUGUGCCUUUCCAAAUCAUGUCCAAUCAAUUGAAUUUACCACAGGUGGACUCCAAUCAAGUUGUAGAAACAUCUCAAGGAUGAACAAUGGAAACAGGAUGCACCUGAGCUCAAUUUUAAGUCUCAUAGCAAAGGGGCUGUAUACUUAUGUAAAUAAGGUAUUUCUGUUAUUUUUGUUGUUUUUUUCAAAUCCAUUUUAGAAUAAGGCUGUAACGUAACAAAAUGUGAAUAAGGUCCAGGGGUCUGAAUACUUUCUGAAGACACUCAUAGGAACUACUGGCCUUUGGUUUUAUCAUCGUCACACAGUCGUUCCCUCUCUCUUCCUCUCUGCUAUUAUCCCUCCGUUCCAAAGGCAGAUAGUCUGAACAGGGACAGAGAUAAUCCAUGACACAGGAGCUGACAUGUCCUCCUUCUGAUCCAUAAUGAGGGAACUUCAAAAGAACCAAGACACACACACACACACACACACACACACACACACACACACACACACACACACACACACACACACACACACACACACACACACACACACACACACACACACACACACACACACACACACACACUCUCUCUUCCUCUACCUGGCUGGGUAAAUCUAUAUGGUAUUCUAUAGAAGGAGAGAGUUCAGUAUAUCAUCUCUGACUACAAUACAUGAAUCAUCUCUGACUACAGUACAUGAAUAAUCUCUGACUACAGUACAUGAAUCAUCUCUGACUACAGUACAUGAAUCAUUUCUGACUACAGUACAUGAAUCAUCUCUGACUACAGUACAUGAAUCAUCUCUGACUACAGUACAUGAAUCAUCUCUGACUACAGUACAUGAAUCAUUUCUGACUACAGUACAUGAAUCAUCUCUGACUACAGUACAUGAAUCAUUUCUGACUACAGUACAUGAAUCAUCUCUGACUACAGUACAUGAAUCAUUUCUGACUACAGUACAUGAAUCAUCUCUGACUACAGUACAUGAAUCAUCUCUGACUACAGUACAUGAAUCAUCUCUGACUACAGUACAUGAAUCAUCUCUGACUACAGUACAUGAAUCAUUUCUGACUACAGUUCAUGAAUCAUCUCUGACUACAAUAAAUGAAUCAUCUCUGACUACAGGCUACAGUACAUUACAAUGUGUGUGUGAGGAGAGGAAGCAUUUUGUAGACUAUUGAGAAGCAGUCAUACACAGAGGGGGUGUUUCCUAAUAAUAUGUCCUUUCUCCUGGAUUGUACACCCGUUUACUACUUCCCACAAAUCUGAAAGCAUUGGAUUGGUGGAGACAUGGGCUAGUGGGAGUUUCCACCAUAUUUCUUAUACCAGUCAUUUCCUUUCAACUCAGUGAAGGGAAGUGAACAAGUGCAUAUUUUGAAAGGAAGGAGAGAUGAUUGGUACACAACCAUGGGGAGAAUCUUAAUUGCAUGUCCUUGAUUCCCCGCGUCCUCCAUCCAGAACCCAUUCAAUGAGAAGGUUCAUCCCCUCUGUACCUUCUCAUCCAAAAGGGUUUGACAAGGAGAGAGGACAUACAAUUAAGAUCCAUGGACUUCCUGUGUUUCUCCUCUGUCCUGUCUGUCUCUGCACCACUCCUCCCCCUGCUGACCAACUCUGGUAUCUUAAGACAGCUCUUUAUUCAGAUUGAAUGGAAUGUUUUAUAUUGCUAUAUGAAUAUAAUGAUAGGAUAUUUAGAAUGAUAGAAUAUUUAGAAUGAUAGAAUAGAUAGAAGGAUAGAAGGGUAGAAUGAUAGAAGGGUAGAAUGAUAGAAUGGAUAUAAUAGAUAGAAGGAUAGAAUGAUAUAAUAGAUAGAAGGAUAGAAUGAUAUAAUAGAUAGAAGGAUAGAAUGAUAUAAUAGAUAGGAUAGAAUGGAUAUAAUAGAUAGAAGGAUAGAGUGAUUGACUAUAUUAGAAACACAAGUCAGACUAUACCAUCUACUAUAUUAGUCUGACUUGUGUUCCUGCUCUCUUUCUCCUCUCUCUACCUCCCUCCCUCUUCUCUCUUUCUCCUCUCUCUACCUCCCUCCCUCCUCUCUCUACCUCCCUCCCUCUUCUCUCUUUCUUCUCUCUCUACCUCCCUCCCUCUUCUCUCUUUCUCCUCUCUCUACCUCCCUCCCUCUUCUCUCUUUCUCCUCUCUCUACCUCCCUCCCUCUUCUCUCUUUCUUCUCUCUCUACCUCCCUCCCCAUCUCUCUUUCUCCUCUCUACCUCCCUCCUUCCCCUCUCUUUCUCCUCUCUCUACCUCCCUCCUUCUUCUCUCUCUCUACCUCCCUCCCCCUUCUCUCUCUUUCUCCUCUCUCUACCUACCUCCCUCCCUCUUCUCUCUUUCUUCUCUCUCUACCUCCCUCCCUCUUCUCUCUUUCUCCUCUCUCUACCUCCCUCCCCCUUCUCUCUCUUUCUCCUCUCUCUACCUCCCUCCCCCUUCUCGCUCUUUCUCCUCUCUCUACCUCCCUCCCCUCUCUUUCUCCUCUCUCUACCUCCCUCCUUCUUCUCUCUACCUACCUACCUCCCUCCCUCUUCUCUCUUUCUUCUCUCUCUACCUCCCUCCCUCUUCUCUCUUCUCCUCUCUCUACCUCCCUCCCUCUUCUCUCACUUUCUCCUCUCUCUACCUCCCUCCCCAUCUCUCUUUCUCCUCUCGCUACCUCCCUCCCCCAUCUCUCUCUUUCUCCUCUCGCUACCUCCCUCCCCCAUCUCUCUCUUUCUCCUCUCGCUACCUCCCUUCCCCAUCUCUCUCUUUCUCCUUUGUCACUCUUUCUCUGCCUCCCUCCCCCAUCUCUCUCUUUCUCCUUUCUCUCUCUUUCUCUCCUCUCUCUACCUCCCUUUCUCCUCCCUCUCUCUCCACCUCUAUUUUUCUCCUUCUCUCCCCCCCCCCCUCUCUCUUGC